AUGACAUCUAUUAAGAUGGUGGAGCGAAGGCGUGAGCUGAACAGCCGCCUCGUGCAAAUUGAAGGCGAGCCGGGAAAUCAGAAUUCAGGCGAAUCGACAUGUAGCGCAGAGGAAAAUGGAGGCAAGGCAAAAGAACGGCGCCCAAACUGUCAACGAUGCGCUCAGCACAACGUAGUGAAUCGGCUUAAAGGUCACAAACGAGCCUGUCCCUUCAAGGAAUGUUUCUGCCCAAAAUGUCAGGUGGUCGUGGAACGUCAAAAAUUGAUGGCUGAUCAGAUCAAGUUACGACGAAGACAGAAACGUGAGAAAAAUAUCUCCGUAGAACGAACACGAACACCGGUCGGCAACACACCAGAAAUUUGCUUGAAAUGCACACAACAAGCGAUCGGAUACCAACAUUUGAUGUCGAUUCUAGAUCCGCAAAACGUUUCCGACACUUUCGUGAAUUUGUCUGCUGUCCUACAAGCCUGCCCACACAAGGCAAUUUCACAAAAUCUCAUAGAUUCACCGAACACAUUGCUUCCGAAUCCGCUCUCACCAUUUAUCAUUGGUCAACAACCGCCGCCACCGAUACUCGGUGAGGUUAGACAGGAGCCGGAUUGA